UACCGUUGAAAAAACAUUACCUCCCGAAUAAUAACAACAAAUGGUCAAGUUAACCAGAAUCAAAUCAAGGUAUCUGCCUAUUGGGCUCAUAAGGAUCUACAGAUCUUCGCGGUCCUAGCAACAACAACAAGUUAUUUGCCUGCAAGGCCCACAAAAUUCCAAACAAGAACAUGAGCAAGUCGUGAUAUCCCCAACAGUUAACAGAGAAAAAAAAAAAUUGUCUUAUUGUUGUAAUUUUGUCACACAGAAGAGCAACUAACGCUCGUUUCACUCCAGGCAGCAUAGAUGGCAGCAGAUCCAGUGCUACAAACACAAGGUCAUAACACAUGAUGAAAUUCAUCCCAAUGCCAUUCUAACAAAAGCACAAAAAAAUCCACUGAGGAAAUAAAGUGAACCACUGAAGGUAUCACCAGCACCAGCGGCUCUCAUGAUGACUCCAUUGAACAUAUAAGGAUUGGUGAAGUUUCAGUAGAGUUGAGUCAUCACCAUCAAUCUGGCCAAGACUCACUAUGGAUCAUCCCCAGAGAGAUGUGUCCAGGGAGCAGCAACAUAAUCACCAGCUGGAAGGGAUUCUAUCCAUCCCCAACACAGAUGGAACUGAGGCAAGACUGAGCACAGGAGAAGAGCAUCAGCAUCCUUCAUAUUUACAGCAAGAGGAAACACAGCUGAAACAAGCACAAGUUGAACAGGAUUUGCCAGCACAGAAAAAUGAAUUGAUGGAAACACAACAAAGUGAAGAGAUACAAAAGCAAGAAGACCACAGAAAAAUUACAGAUCAAAAGCAAGAGCUGUCAGCACACCACCACAUUAAAGAGCAGCAGAUUCCCACUGCAGGCCAGGCCCAUCAAUCGCUCCCAUCCUCAGAGCAACAUCAAAAGAAAACAUUCACUCAGAACCAAAGUGAAGAGAUACAAAAGCAAGAAGACCACAGAAAAAUUACAGAUCAAAAGCAAGAGCUGUCAGCACACCACCACAUUAAAGAGCAACAGAUUCCCACUGCAGGCCAGGCCCAUCAAUCGCUCCCAUCCUCAGAGCAACAUCAAAAGAAAACAUUCACUCAGAACCAGAAGCAACCCCAGAAGCUCCAACCAUCAGAAAAAGAACAGCAGCAACGUCAGCAGGAGCAGCAGAUCAAGAAGCUUAAGAAAAAGCUGGUUGGGGAGAACCAGGAGCGCAUCAAUUUCCUGGUCCAGGCAUCCCAAGCUAUGGCCCUCACAGCUGACUCAUCAGAUGGAGUCACAGGUCAAUGGGCACUGGCAGCUCAAGUAGGCAGCCUGGCCGGUGCUGUGGGGCGUCGCUGUGUGCUGCGCCUUGCUCCAGCUCUGAAGCGCUGCCUGUGCAAAGGCUGUGGCACGGCCCUGGUGUAUGGUCUCAACGCUCGAGUUAGACACCGGUCCCGGCGCCAGAAGCAUCUAGUGGUGACCUGCCUUACGUGUCACACCAUCAAGCGCUUCAUCAAUGACCCCAAGCACAAGCUGUGGUUUGAGCAGGAGGAGGCAUUGGCGUGAAGCAGUGGCCCAGGAAACAAACUCCUUCCAAGCAUGAACACUCAGAAAUCGCUUAAGGCAUCAGAACUGAGUUGCCAUGAAAGCUGAUGGAUGUUAUUAUCAACGAUUUGGAAAACUUAAAGGAAAUGAAGAUUGAAUAUGGGAUCAAGAGACUAAGAUUAGAUAAAUACUCGUAUUUAUAUGACUGUAAUUACCAUUCAUGUAAUUUGCAUGAAGUGAAUGUCUGAUAGACCCACAAUAGAAAGAUCUUUAGAAGUACAGUGAUUAUUCCAUUAUGUUGAAUUAUAGACUGAAAUAUUAGGCGGGCAAAGUUCAAAAAAAAAAAAAGGAAAAAGGUGUCCUGACUUAAUUUUUGUAUCUAGCCUUAUCAAAUUUUCCAUGUAGACCUCCACUAUUGAUGCGCAUGGACCCGUUGAGUUACAGAGUGUAUGGUAUGGACCAUACUUUAAUUCUCGUGCCUUUUAAUACUUGGGAAUAUGAACACAGUCACAUUGCUCGCAUGUUAUUACAAUCCUUGAAUUUGUCUUGUGUUGUGUUGUGUUUCUAAGUGUUUCCUUCACAUGAAUAUUGAGAUACCCCACAUAACAUGUUGAAAGAGACAAAAUGAUUAAGAUGGAGAGUAGGGCAAGAAAAGCUUUUUCUUUAUGUUUGUAUUUUUUCCAUGUGUGUGAUUAUAUGAUGAAAGAAACCUUUUCUCUUAUUGUAUUUACAUUUUUUGAAGUUGCUAGGGGAAUGGCAGAGGAGUGUGAGAGAACUGAAGCUAAUAGUAAUUAUUAUUAGGUAAAUAUACCAAUGCUUUAUU